CAACGACUGUAUUUCAUUCAAUAUAGUAACUACAAGAUCAAUCAAGACGUUGAUUCCGUUCCUUUAUCAUAACGAUUUGUGAUUGUACGUCUUCAGUGAUAGUUGCAACAAAACAGAGAUCAAAAAAUCAAAAAAAAGAAGAACCAAAUAAGGAGGAGAGGCAAAAAGGAGGGUUCAACAUAGUAUUGCCUAAUUAUAGAACUUCACAAUCAAUCAAAUCAUAUCAUAAUGUCUAACUUUGAGGCUAGAAAAUUGUAUGAGAACAUUGUCGAAGAUGUUAUCAAUGAAUCUAGACAAGAUUUUGAAAAUAGUGGGAUUGAUGAAUCCACAUUACAAGAAUUAAGAAGAAUAUGGUGUGAAAAAUUAAGUCAGACUCAAGUUGCUAAGUUCUCUUGGGAUGAUGAAGAUAAUAUGCCUAGUUCUAGUGUUGCGGUAGCUGACGAUGGUGUUCCCACUGGUGAUUCACAUGCUCCUUCUGAUCUUGGAGGAGAUGGUGGUGAAUAUGCACUUGGAGAAGGUAGUUCAGGUAUAGAAAUGUCAGCUAUUCAAAAUGGUGUAUUAACAUAUCCAACAGUUCAACAUGGACUUGAAGCUGAAGUGCCGCUGAAGAAUGAAAAUACUGAUGUUGAUAAUGGUACUGGAUUAUUAUUACCAAACAUAGGUCAAUCUGAUGGUGCAUUUGAAUUUACGGUAUAUACCGAUGAUGCUAAGCAAUUCAUGAAGGAUCUUAAAGCAAAGAAUAAUGGUAAGAAAGUAAAGAAGAUUGAUCAAGGAGACGGGAACUUUGGAGAUGAUGAUGAUGAAGAUGACGAUGAUAUAUUCAAUGAUUCUGAUGAUAUUAAUUCAGAUUUAGAUGAUGAUUUGGAAAGUGAUAAAUCAGACGGAGAAAGUGGAGAUCAAGAAGGUCAACUUAUGUUAUGUUUAUAUGAUAAAGUACAAAGAAUCAAGAAUAAGUGGAAGUCCAAUUUAAAGGAAGGAAUUGCCAAUAUUGAUGGAAAGGAUUAUGUAUUUCACAAAGCUACUGGGGAGAGUGAAUGGUGAAGAAUAGUCCCAACCAACUACCCAAGUUGACAUCCUACCUUCAUUUCAUAGCAUUCUAUUAUUAUUUAUCAUUAUUACUACUACUACUAUUGUUAUUUCUAUUUAUCACUAUCACUACUUGCUAAUGUUAUCACGCCAGAUUUAUUUGUUAUUUUUAUUAUUAUUAUAACCCGUCAACCCAUAUAUGUAUUAUUCAUUUUUAAGAUGGUGUAUUUGCUCAGUUUGAAUUUUCCAUGUAAAUUUAUUUAUAUACAACCUAUACCAAAAAGCCUCUAAUAUACAAAACACAUACCCCCAAACCAACCAUACAUACCUUGUAGAUAGGGUUAGACUUCUUAGGUUUAAACU